AUGCGUAGUACUCUCCUCCUGCCAGUCGACCUUCUGUGUUUCGCCGCGCGCAAGGUCGGCGGCUUGUCUUGGGGCACUAAGGCGCUAUUGGGAGCCGUGGGCUGCGCAACCUACUACAACAAGCGUCGCAGUGCAGUGACCGUGCACGAGAACUCGUCGUUGUCGGAGGAUGCCAUUACGGAUUACGUGUACUUCGACCUAGCGGCCGACCGCCGGUACCUUGGCCGCAUCCUCAUCGGCCUCUACGGACACCACCAGCCGCUUACGUGCGAGAACUUCGUGCAGAUGUGCAAGGGGUACGAUGUGGGCGGACGCCGCAUCGGGUUCCUAAAUUCCAAGGUGGACCAGGUCUUUCCCCGCAAUGGCAUCAUUUUCGGGCAGCUGUUCCACCCCGGCGGCCCCUUGAGCUCAUGCACCAUCUACGGACGCACCAUGCCCGAGGAGAGUUUUGAGCUGCCGUUUAUGCAGGAGGGCGAUGUUGCGAUGCUAUCCACCAGCGACCAGGUGGGGAUGACAUCGAGGUUCCUAAUAACGCUGGUGGGCAACCCCUGCCUGGGCCGGCGGCCCGUCGUCCUGGGCACGGUCGUCAAAGGGAUGAAGCUGAUUCGUUCCUUGGGUAACGAGCAGCUGGACGAAGGCGUGCCCAAGCGCGAUUUGCGCAUCAUCGGGUGCGGGCUGUAUCGAGGCCCCGAGGACGGCCCCAAAAGCUUCUUUGUCAGAGGAGCAAGCGCCUUAGCAUCACCUACGUGA